GUGGGCCCCACACACCUAGAUUUGGCAGUCAACUGCCACAUCCCAUUGUGCAAUUCCUAGACACUAGCAGGAGCUGUCACAAUGGCCAUUCUAAAUUGCAGAGGCCUCUGGCGAUGCUCCUUUGGAGAACCAGGUGGUGGCUGCCCUCAGUAGGGCCCCCGCAACCAAGAACCAAAAUGGAGCUGGCUGAGGGCAGCGCUCACCUUCCUUGGCCUCUCUCCCGCCCAUCCUUCAUCCCAAGCCAGCCCCUCCCCACACCUGGUCUGCCUCUGUCCAGCUAUGUGUGAAAGGGGAGGGAGGUGCCCACAGUGGCAGGGAAGGGAGGGGCCUUUGGCACUAUAAAUUCCGAAAAGUGCUCACCUCCCAGAGCCAGGUCCCUGAAAAUCUACUCUGUCAGCUGUUGUGGCCACUACCAUUGUGAGGCUAGGCGCCAUGAAAGGCCUUCUACUGCUCACCCUGUCUGCUUUGUUCUGCUGGGUCACAGCUGACGUUCGCUGUCACUCCUGCUACAAGGUGCCUGUGCUGGGCUGUGUGGAUCGGCAGUCCUGUCUCCUGGAGCCAGGACAGCAAUGUUUGACAACUAACGUGUACCUCGGGAAGAUGUGGGUGUUCUCCAACCUUCGCUGUGGCACACCACAGGAGCCCUGUCGUGAAGAGUUCAAUAAAACCAGCCACAAGUUGGGCCUGAACUACAACACCACCUGCUGCAGCAAGGACAACUGCAACAGCCUCGCACCCCGGCCCACCCCCGCCCUGGUGCCGCUGCUCCUCACCUCCUUGGCUGGCCUUGGCCUCUGGCUGCUGCACUGAGGCUGCGCCAUGGCUCCCCCUCCUCCCACUGCUUGGCCUGAGCCUCUCACCCUGUGCCCCAUGGCCCCUGGCUUCCCAGGAUGGUCUCCCCUGGCCCUUCCUAUGAAGAGCGGGUCCCAAGUCCCCUCUUCCAUGCAACAGGGCUCAGUGUGACCUCCCUCUGCUCUAUCUUGCCUGAGUCCUCUCCCAUUUCUCGCUGGGCCAUUCUGGAUACUCCACUGGCCUCUGAAGGGCUCCUCACCUUGUCCUGUGCCCUCGCUCGGGAGGAACCGGGGACCAGGGCCUAGAGUGGGGCUGCCGUCCUGUCCCCAGUACAAGUCCCCAGGAAAGACCUGAUGACCUCACGUCCCCAAGGGCUGACUCCCCAAACCAUCUACUUCCAUUUUGAGUAAUGUUUGUGUCUAAUAAAUGUGCGU